GCUCAUAGAUGGCUGUGCUGCCUGUGCCGUGUCCAUGAUCACCACAGGACCCCGAUGUUACUUCGUUUCGGUGUACUACACGAGCUAGCUUUUGUUUUAUUAUUAUACUUCCUGGGUACAUUUAUAUAUCUUUGCAUGAGCGUUUAAUGCUGCCUGGAUCAUCUACAUAAUCCCCCUGUGCUAAGCUUAACAUAACAUUAGAGGAUGAAAGCCAAGAAGAAAAAGAGGCAGGAUGAUUUCCAGAAGGUGAAGCUGAAGGUUGGAAAGAAAAAGCCCAGAGCUGACAAUGCCACAAACACCAGUUUCCGUUCAAAAGGAAUCCAUCUCCCUGAUCAACUGAAAAGAGAUACAAGUGGACCUACUACUCACAGGCAUCUAGGCAUAAAUGAUCUUCUGUCCCAGCUACACCAUUACAAUGCAAACGUAAAACACAGUGCCUUGCUUGGUCUGAGGGAGCUACUUUCAUUAAAUCCGCAAUUGCUGGAUUCGCAUCUCUCUCGACUGCUCUCUGAAGUCGCUGCAGUUUUCACAGAUAAAGAUGCGAAUGUUCGUACGGCAGCCACACGUAUCCUCAGGUUCAUUGCUCAGUCAGUGCCGGCAGAUCGAGUGGCCCCAUUUUUCCCCUUGCUCAGUGCUCACCUGUCUUGUGCUAUGACACACAUUGAGGUCAGCAUUCAGGAAGAUGCUAUGAAAGUCCUGGAUGUGCUUCUUGAACACUUCCCCGCCCUACUUGCCUCAAGACCUGCGGUGCUACUCACCAAUUUUCUGGAGUUAAUUUCUCACAGACAAACCAGUGGCAGAGCAAAAAAGGCCCAGGACUCAAAAACACGUACAUGGGCACUUUCAGUGAAUCCUGGUCGGGCUGUAACAAGCCAACAGUGGCGACUAAAUGUGCUUCUGAGGCUUGGUCAAUUCCUGCAGGCAGUUGUUGAUGAAAGACCAGUAGAAAAGGCCGAUAUAUCCCAAAAUGAAGGAGGAGUUGAUAGCAGUAAGAAGGGCCAUAUCACAUCUCUAAAUCUAACAUGGGAGGAGCUCAUUUACAGCAAAGUCACUGUGAACCUGUUUGAACAUUCUGGAGCCAAACCAACUCAGUUUUCAACUUUUAAACUCAGGCCACAGAGUGAUUCUACAACUGAAAUAGGCGAGAGUUUGGACUCAAAAGAGGCAGUUCAAAACUUUGCAUCUACACUGGUUCCUCUUCUUCUCGAAGUUUGGGUUGAGGCCAGUGUCAAUAAUAAUAACUUGUGGAACAGCAGUGAUGUUGCUCACCUGCUCACACCUGAUGCCAUGUCAGUAAUGUUCCAGGUUUUAUCCAUUCUGCAACUUCUGCGGAAGUUAGCCCCUCACCCAGAGCACCAAGAAGUGUUGGACACAUGGUUUCGAAAGGAAUAUUUGGGUGACUUUAAGCAGCAUUUUCUCAAAAAUUUCCCCUAUGGUAACCUGGACACACCCAAGCAUAAAAAGAAGAAUGAAAUGAAACGGAAUAAGCAAGUGACUCUGUUGCCCGUGACGACAGUGGACCCUCUGGCACUAAACAUUACCCUGUGUCAGGUUAUGGUCUCCCUCAGCCAAAAACAGGAGCCCACCACAGAGUCCGACUCGAGCUGGCUCACACCUUUAAGGAUAUUUGUUCAGGAUACUCUGAGCAGUGGUGUUAAACUGAGCUCUAAGCAGCUCAACAUGCUGCUGGACACAGUCUGGAAGAUGGUACUCACUCAAAAGAGCAGAGCUGUGACAGAGGACUUGUUGGCUGCAAUUUAUUCGUACUAUCAACAGAAGCACCUCACUAUUCAGACUAGAUCUCUGCUGCUGUCUUUUUACAGCAGACUCUACCAGCAAGAACAGGUCCAUUCACACAUUGCCAGGAGCAAGGUGCUGUCCCAUUGGUUGGCAUCUCUUCCCGUACAGUUGUCCCAGCUGGGCCAUCGUAAUCCCACGUUAUCAGCCCUUUUGAUUCGGUCCAUCCAGGCCGCGGCAUCCAGGGGAAACAAAGAUAUGCUCAACAGUUUGCUGAAAUAUGCCCCCGAACUCUAUGAUCCUAAUGAAGGUGUUAUCGUGUUUUUACCCUCUGAGUUACAACAUCAGAUGGUCCAGCUGUUGUAUUUCUUGCCAAAGAUGCCUCAGUCUCUUCUGGCCAAUCUGAGCGGCUGCUGCAACGAUGGACGGAUCUCUGCCUCAAUGGGAGCCUCACUCAUACGAAUUGUACAUCUGAGAUCGUCAGUGAGUGGGUGGACCAUUGGGAGCCAGGAGGCAGCGUUACAGGAUGUGGACUAUCUCAGCUUCCUGUUCUCGUCACUGGCUGGUUUCUCAUCUGAAAAACUCUCCAUGCUGCAGGACGCCACGGAGGAGUGUGCUCUGCCCCUCAGUGCGCUGUCACCUCUGAGCCUCCAUCCCACGCCCGCCGAACACUUCAAACACCACUGGGACAUUGUAGAUGAAGUCUGCCUUUGUCUCGAAAAUAUGGGCUCAAAAUCCCAGUGUUUUGACGUUGUGCAGAACGGCAUGUUAAGAUACUUGGCAAAAUUGGGAGUGAUUCCUGACAGCACCGCGGCAGCUAUGCUCAAAGCGGUGACCAGGCUGAGGGACCGUUCACUAGUGCCCAGUGAACCUGUGUUACGCCUGCUGUCUCUGUGCUGUCUCAGUCUACUCGCCCUUCUCACCACUCUGCAACAAGAAACUCCAGAGACCAACCAGAAAAGGGAAGCCAUAUGGGGGGCUUGUGUAUCCGCUCUCAGUGGCGUCCCCCGUCUGCUGAGGAUGGUGCUGCAGUUGUUUCGCGUUGGAGAUCUGACUGAAGAGGAGCUGCCUCACCUGGGCCAGGUCCUGUCUAUGCUCCUGCAGCACUCCCCCCUGCACAACCAACUGCUGGCAAACACAGCCCUGCUCCAAGAUAUAAUACAACAAUUCACGAGAUACUCCAGAGGUGGCACCAGGGAGCAGUGGAUGACCGACCUGCUCUACUGUUACAGCAUUACCAUGGCACACAGCUCCUCAGUCCAUCGGGGCAGUGUGGGAAUGCGGGACAUGUAUUAACACUUAGACCACCCCUCCCCCUCUCCGUGUUACAUUCUGUGUUACAAAAGAGAGCGUGGACUUUCUGUUGAUAUAUUUUUAUAAAGGCGUAAACAGACGUUAACCUAGUCCAUUUUGUAUUCCUGUUAAAAGCAUCACCCUGUCUCUGCCAACAUUUCUGUAUUUUACUGUGAAUUACUUCUUAUUAAAAGUAAAAAGUACGGCAUUGUUGUCUUAUUUUUAUUACAAUAAGAAACUUGUUGCCAGUGAAGUUUUAAUCAAAAUUCACUUUAUUUAUAUAGCACAUUUGAUUGA